CCUCGAUAUGGUCUCCUCAAACACGCUUUAUACAAUAGGCAAGUACACACUCGGCUUGAGCCUCUCCAUCCCCGUGGUGCUAGCCGGCGCGCUGUGGGUCUUCCAACGGCGGCUCAUCUACCCCGCCGACUUUCCCGAGGGCUCGCGGAAGCAUGUCCCGCGCCCGACCGACGCCGGCCUCCCGUACGAGGACGUGACUAUCACCACGCCCGACAAGGUGCGCAUCAAGGCGUAUGUCAUCCCGGCGCGGAAGCGCGUCGUGCCCCUCGAGUCUUUGCGCGGGCUCUCGGCUGUGCAGAUGCGCGAGCUGGGCAAGGGGGAGAAUGAGGCCUGGGAGGAGGUCAAGGACACUGAGGACGCGAUUGAGUAUGUCAAGUCGCGCCCGACCAUCGUCAUGUUCCACGCCAAUGCUGGAAACGUCGGCCACCGUAUCCCCCUCGCACGCAAGUUUGUGUCCGAGCUCAACUGCAACGUCUUCAUGCUGAGCUACCGAGGAUACGGAUUGUCCGAGGGCACGCCGUCCGAGCAUGGAAUCAGGAUUGAUGCCGGUGCCGCAAUGGAGUUCCUCUCGCAGCACCCGCUCCUGAAGGACACCAAGUUUGUGGUCUAUGGCCAGUCAAUCGGUGGCGCAGUCUGCCUCGACACCGCCGCAGCCUACCCCGACAUGGUCUCAGGCGUCAUUGUCGAGAACACCUUCCUCUCCCUCACCACCCUUGUGCCCCACGUCAUGCCUGUCAUCCCCAAGCCUGUCGUCAGCCUCCUCCUCAGCGACCCAUGGGAUGCGACCAAAACCCUCCCGCUCAUCCCCAAGGACACACCCAUCCUCUUCCUCUCGGGCAAGCAGGACCAGCUGGUGCCACAGCCCCAGAUGCUCGCCCUCCGCAAGCUGCGCGGCGACGGCAAGUACCGCUGGCGCGAGUUUGACGGCACGCACAAUGACACGUACCUUGCCCCCGCCUACUGGUCUGAGAUUGACCGCUGGCUCAAGCAGGAAGUUGAAGGCGAGGGGGACAAGGAGGCAAAGUUGUAGACACCACAGUGAUGCCACACAAUGUUGU